CUAAGGGAUCCAGUGCACACAGCUGGAACCCAUCUCCAGGAGGAACUCUUCAGCUGGAGGAACUCUUCCAGAUUUUUGCAUCUCCAAGGCAGUGAUGGCUCUCCUGAAGACCCUUUCAUUGCUUCUGCUCUUGCUGCUGACCCUGCUGGGGCUGGGGCUGGUGCAGCCCUCCUAUGGCCAGUUCAUGUACCAAAGAUUCCUGCGGCAACAUGUGGACUCUACAGGGACAGGUGGCACCAGCUCAUACUGCAACAGGAUGAUGCAAACACGGGGGAUGACUAGGCUUAGGUGCAAGCAAUUUAACACCUUCAUCCAUGCAGACAUCGGCGCCAUUAACAACAUCUGCAGGACCCCCAAUAUCCGGUGCAGGAAUGGCAAAGAGAACUGCUAUGCGGGUGUCGUGAGAGUCACAGACUGCAGGCUUACAGCAAGUUCCCGGAGAAACUGCAGAUAUCAGGGCAGGGGCAGCUCUAGGCGUGUUGUCAUCGCCUGUGAGGGUAACCCCCUCGUGCCUGUGCACUUUGACAGCUAGAUACUACCCUGAAGGGGUUAUGGCCCUGUGGUUGACUUUUUACUUAUGCCUUGAAUAGCAAUGAGUAAUGCAUUUGAGCUAUCUCAGGCUCUGCCUCCUCUGCUUAUUACUCCCUUUUCUCUAUAUAAUCCAUUCUGUUAAAUGCAUCAAAGAGAAAUGAAGACAUAAACCUAUAAUGGGACUGGGCUUUCCGUAAUAAAAUUUUUUAUAAACUCUUCAGCUUCCUUUUCUAAUAUUGGUCAGCUUAGCUCUCUCAAAUCUGAUCCUCUGGAAUUUCGUCAUUAUGUGUAUGAUAUCGCAUUUCAAGUAUUUUAAGGUGUUUCCAUCUCGGUUAUCUCAUUUUAAUACCACUGCACCCCUGUGAUGCUCAUGUUGCUACAAAAAGGGCCCAAAGUUAAAGGAUUUGCUGAAGAACAUGAAGAUAGUGGAAAAGCUGACACACAAAAAAAAUCCAUUAAAAAAAAGAGUCCAUUUCAACUGGCUACUAAUCCAGGGCUUUUUCUACUUCAUCACAGGGAGUGCUUUAAAAGUAACAGCUUUUUGAUAUUCUCAAAGUCAGCUGUUGGGGGAAGCAUUA